AUGCCUGCGUCAGUAGAACACGGAGUGGUCGUGGAAAACGGGAUUGAAAUCUCAAUGGCCACUACCAGCAACGAAAAUGAAACUGGGGGUAUCACCAGCGAAGGUCCAACCCUCUGGACCACCAAUUUGUCCGAUUGCACAGCAAUCGCAACAUUUGAUCCAGAAGCCGAGUCAGAACAAGUUGCACGCACAUUGUAUCAUUCACGCGGCGGACGCGUUCCGGACGCUUGGUAUACGAACCUCGCCAGAAUGCUGGACGGAGAGCACACAACGUAUGUUAUAGUAGCAAACGGCGAUGUUUCAGGAGACGAAGCAUCAUUCGAGUCUGUCCAUUUGACGCCGCUCAAGGAGAACUUGAUUGCGGCAAUGGAAAAUGAGGGGAAGGAAACUGGGAACUUGGUUUUCAAGAUCUUCUUCUCGGAGGCUGAGGACGAUGACCAAAAAAGGCUGGUACGCCGCUCGUUUGCCAUUGAUGAAUCUGGGUUCUGGGGCAGGGCUGCCGUAGGUGGUGAUGUGCCUAGUAAAUUCGACGAUGGAAACAAAGCAGCCGACCAUCACAAUGAUAAUGAUGAAGAACAAGGAGAAGCUGGAGAUAAUGACGCCGAAGGAGGAGAGGAGGAAGAAGAUGAUUUUGGGAACGAUCAGACAAACGAGUCUGACGAUGAGAAAGCAGGUGAUGCGGCAGUAGAUGCGAGAGGAGAAGGAGAUCCAGCAGAGGAGCAAUAUGAUUCUGGAGAUAAAGAGGAGGACCAACCAACUGAAGCAUCCGAAGAGAAAGAGGACAAGGAGGAUGUUGAGGAAGAGUAA